AUGAUGGACCUGAACCUCCCCCUCUCCUCCCCCAUGAUGGACCUGAACCUCCCCCUCUCCUCCCCCAUGAUGGACCUGAACCUCCCCCUCUCCUCCCCCAUGAUGGACCUGAACCUCCCCCUCUCCUCCCCCAUGAUGGACCUGAACCUCCCCCUCUCCUCCCCCAUGAUGGACCUGAACCUCCCCCUCUCCUCCCCCAUGAUGGACCUGAACCUCCCCCUCUCCUCCCCCAUGAUGGACCUGAACCUCCCCCAUGAUGGACCUCUCCCCCCCUCCUCCCCCAUGAUGGACCUGAACCUCCCCCUCUCCUCCCCCAUGAUGGACCUGAACCUCCCCCUCUCCUCCCCCAUGAUGGACCUGAACCUCCCCCUCUCCCCCCCAUGA